UUAAAGACUUUAAAUGCCUAUCGGUUAAAUAAUACACGAAAAGCCGACAUAGAUGUUCUUUUCUUCAAUCGCUGUGCCAAAGUGGGAAGCGAAUCACUUCUCGAGCUCUUCAAUAAACUGGAGAACUUCAAUAAUCUGAUUAUGGAGCGUGCUGGUUUGCGAAGGGGCACCAAACGCCAACUCAAGAUGUGGGAACAGCGUGAAUUAGCCAUAAAUAUAUCUCAAUUCGCCGAUGGUUCCGUUUAUAUAGAACAUGUGAAUUGGAUUGAUUUCGAAGAAUUUGAACUACCAAAACCGAUUUAUAUUAAUUUGGUACGCGAUCCGGUGGAGCGUGUGAUAAGUUGGUAUUAUUAUGCGCGUGGCGCCUAUAAGAAUGCAAUCGAAUAUCGCAAGUUUCCCGAUUCGCCAAUAAGACCAGCAGAAUGGUAUAAGAAAGAUUUUAAUCAUUGCGUACGUAGUGGCGAUCCAGAGUGUCAAUAUGUGCCAUAUACAGUUAAUGAUUUUAUUGGCAAUUUCAAGAGGCAAUCGCUUUUCUUUUGCGGACAUAGCGAUGAUUGCUUACCCUUCAACUCACCGGCAGCCGUUCAGAUGGCAAAGGAACAUGUGGAACGUGACUAUGCAGUAGUGGGCUCUUGGGAAGAUACAAACGUCACACUCACCGUUUUUGAAAAGUACAUACCGCUCUUCUUCAAUGGCGCAAAAAUUCUAUUCGAGAUCCACAAUGACCAAAUAACAAAUCGGAACAAGAAUAAGCGAAAACCAAAAAUAGAUCCGGAUGUCAAGGAAAUGAUACGACGAAAUUUCACUAACGAAUAUGAUUUCUAUUACUUUUGCAAGCAGCGCCUCUACAAACAAUAUUUGGCUGUGAGCCUCAAUGAAGUCUCGAUCAUGGAGCAGUUGAAUUGAAUGCAAGCAAAACUAGUAUAGAAAUUACAGAAUUGAA